AUGGAUACAAAGGUUCUAUAUACAAAUGGAGGUGAGAUGAAUAAUAAUGGGUACAAGAGAAAGAAUAUGGGUGGCAGCUCACCCAUCUCAUCGGGUGGUGGAUCGGCUGCCGGUAGUAUGAUGAACUAUAACCUAAUGCAACAACAACAACAGUACCAACAAUACCAACAACAACAAUUACACCAACAACAACAACAGCUACAGCAACAACAGCAAUUACAAUUACAACAACAACAACAACAACAACAUGCCGCGGCACAACAAGCUCAAUUACAACAACAACAACAACAUCAUCACCAUCAACAACAAUUACAACAACAACAUAUGAAUGGAUCAUCAUCAUCAUCAUCUUAUGCUCCUCAAUACAUUCCUAUGAAUACAUCACCAGUUCAAGCUACCAGUGUACCAUCAACUACCACCUCAUACAAUGGUAACUCUAUACCAAAAUCAAAUAUCAAUAGUAGUGGAGGAUGUUCAAAGUGUGGAUCAACAAGAAAGAGACAUUACAAACAUUGUACAUACUAUAAAUCUUCCGAUGACGACUUUUUAUUCAAUUCUUCCUCUCCUCAACAAUCUAAAGAUAUUAUUCAAAGACUUGAUGUACCAGCAUUAAAAAGAUACAAGAAACAUUAUAGAUUAAAGACUAAACAUAAUUCUACAAGAGAUGAAUUGGUAACUGUUGUUCGUGAUCAUUUUGAAUGCCUACCAGUAAAUGAAAAUGAAAUUAUUGGAACAUUUCUUCAUAAGGCUCAAGUCAUAAAUUAA